CACAACAAACACACACUCUCAUUCUUUCUCUAUCUCUCUCACCAAACAAAAUGGAACGGCGGCCACAAUCACCACCGUCGCCGCCACCAUCACCGCCGUCACGAAUCAUCCUCGGCAAAUACCAACUCACAAAAUUCCUCGGCCGAGGAAACUUCGCUAAAGUAUACCAAGCACGUUCCCUCAUCGACGGUUCAACCGUCGCCGUAAAAGUCAUCGACAAAUCCAAAACCGUCGAUGCAUCAAUGGAGCCACGAAUCGUUCGCGAAAUUGACGCGAUGCGUCGGCUUCAAAAUCAUCCAAACAUUCUCAAAAUCCAUGAAGUUUUAGCCACUAAAACUAAGAUCUACCUCAUCGUUGAUUUCGCCGGCGGCGGUGAACUUUUCCUCAAACUCGCCCGACGUCGUAAGUUCCCGGAGGCACUAGCACGGAGGUACUUUCAACAGCUUGUUUCCGCUCUUUGUUUCUGCCACCGUAACGGUAUCGCUCACCGCGAUCUCAAACCGCAGAAUCUCCUCCUCGAUGCUGAAGGUAAUCUCAAGGUUUCCGAUUUCGGUCUCUCGGCGUUGCCGGAGCAGCUCAAAAACGGUCUUCUGCAUACAGCUUGUGGUACGCCGGCGUACACCGCGCCGGAGAUUCUCGGCCGGAUUGGAUACGACGGAUCUAAAGCUGAUGCCUGGUCUUGUGGUGUUAUCCUCUACGUUCUUCUCGCCGGUCAUCUUCCGUUCGAUGAUUCGAAUAUUCCGGCGAUGUGUAAGAGAAUAACUCGCCGGGAUUAUCAGUUUCCGGAAUGGAUUUCGAAACCGGCGCGGUACCUAAUCUAUCAAUUACUUGAUCCGAAUCCGAAAACCCGUAUCCGGUUAGAGAAUGUUUUUGGAAACAAUUGGUUUAAGAAAUCGUUAAGAGAAGAACCUGAAGAGAAACUUUUCGAUGACAAAUACAGUUUUGAUGGUUACAAGAAACUGGAAUUAGGGAUGAAUGCGUUUGAUAUAAUAUCGUUGUCGUCGGGUUUGAAUUUGAGUGGUUUGUUUGAAACGACGACGUUAAGGAGUGAGAAGAGGUUUACUUCAAGUGAAGAAGUUGGUGUGGUUGAGGAGAAGGUGAAGGAGAUUGGAGUGAGAUUAGGGUUUCGGGUUGAGAUUGGGAAGAAUGGUGCAAUUGGAUUGGGGAAAGGGAAGGUUACUAUGGUUGUUGAGGUGUUUAAGAUUGUUGAUGAUUUGUUGUUGGUUGCUCUUAAAUUGGAGAAUGGUGGAUUGGAGUUUGAGGAUGUUCAUUGGAAUGAUUGGAAAAUUGGGCUUCAAGAUGUUGUUCUUUCUUGGCAUAAUAAUCAUGAAUCCAACAACUUGCCCAUGUAAUUUUGUUGACUCGGAAAGUAAGAAACAUAUGUUCGAU